GAAUUGACGAAUCAUCGAAUCUCAAACGUCAGAUUUGUAAUCACUAUUCGGGCGGGCUGAUUUAAUAUUUUGUUGACUAGUGUCAGUGACAACGAUUUCAAUCUGUAUGUCUACUUUUAUGAUAAGGUCAGUGAAGCAUUUGAGCAAUAAUAUAAUUUUGACCAUCGGUAAAGAAAAGAAAACUGGUAUGGAGCGACCAUCAAGGAAGACUAAACUUGUCAACUAUUCAGAUUUCAUGGACUUGGAUGAUGAUGAGGAUUUUGCCUCUGUGAAAGCACCACCCAACAAAAAGGCAAAGGAAAGUGUGAAAGCACCCACUCAGGAGAAGAACAAGAAACCUUCUAGCAAGUUGUCCAUUCAGGAGACUGUUUCUGAGCCCACAGGCUGCAAAGACAGGAUGGAAGUGGUCUCUGAAGCGAGAGACAAAAGAAAACCAUUGGAAAGCAAGCUGUAUGAGAGAGAUUUGGAAGCAGCUCUCACCUUGUCGUUGCUUCAGACUGCUCAGAUCAAUGUGGAACAACGUCCUAAGGAACCAGAAAACGAUGUCAAGAAUCAACCGCAAAAGGAUGGGGAAUAUCUGGAUUCGUCAAUACAUCUUUCCAACUGCAGUGUGGACAUCAACCUUUUGGGUCUUGACCAGAUCACCAAUGACCAGGGACCCCCUGGUCCCCCCUCCAGACAGAGAAAGACUGCAUCCAAGAUGACAAAGCAUCCCAGCAGCAUGCUGAAGGAUGACAGUGAGGACUAUCAUCCCAAAGAGACAUCAGAUUCAGAGAGUGAUGCUGAUUUCAGUGAUCCAGACGAAACUGAUGAUGAGUUCACAUUAAAGAAACCAGAGAAGAAGAACAUUUCCAAGAAACGGGCCGAGAAGGAGCAACCUAAAGCGAAACCACAGGCGGCCUCAGAGAAAGAAAGGCAGCCAUCAAAAACUGAACAACAUUUGACUGGGAAUCCUACUCUAAACACGCCUACAUUAGGCAGAAGUCCGACUGCUGCCAAGUCUGGUACUGUGCCCAAGAAGCCUCCUGCCACUCCUCCUGUCUCCAAACCUGCAGUCUCUGGCAGUCCAGCAGGUGGCAGAAUACCUAAGUGGAAUCCUCCAGGACAGGUUGGAAGAAGUCCUGGCUCAUCACCGAGUACCCAGGUGAAGUCUCCUGGACAAGGUCUAAGACUUGGACUGUCUCGUAUGGUGCGGGUCAAACCCCUGCACCCUGGUCUACCUAUUCUCUGACCUCGCUUGGCAUUCACCUGUCAUAGGGUUUCCGUGAGUUGGUGCGCAGUUGACAGUCGACCUUAAGGACUUGUAAUCCUAUAAAUAUGUGUAUUCAAACAAGAUAUUGAAAUGAUCAAUGUUUUUUUAUUAUUGGCCAGGUGUUAUAUUUUGGCUGUUGGACAAUUUGCCUGAAAAGUUCACUUUAGUGUAACCAAAUCUCUGUUUCUGAUGUAAUUGGCUCGUUAGAAUGUGCACAAACACUUUGUUGCAAUACAUACUCCCCCACACCUCACCUCCCCAGUGAUAUUCUCCCUUGUGCUAAUUCAGUGUUGAAGAGGCAUAUGAUAACAUACAAACAAAUGAUCCAAAAACACCCAGAUAUGUCCUUACAAUUUAUAUUCUACCUUGUUGUGUAGCUUGUGCUUAUAAAUCACAAAGGUUUACUGAUUACAUUAACAGGUGGAUAAUAACAGGUGGAAGGAAAUGUUUGUGCUCUGACAAUGUAGUCGAGAUAAAUUCAGUAUUUAAAUAUGUAUAUGUGGUGAUUGUACAGGAUAUAAAUAUAGUAUGUAUAGCAGUAUACAUGUGAGAUGAGAUUACGUCAUGGAAAAGUGUUGCACGCCUUACCACCGAGCACAUACACAGUAGCUUUCUGACUAAGGAUCACUUCAGCAAUUAACAGGAGAGAUAACUGUCUCAGGAUGUAUUGUGAAGUUCUAUAUCAUCAUUUACAAAAUAAUGUUUUACUCCCAAGUGUUAAUAGGCGUAGAGUAAUGUCUUUCAUUUUAAAUGCUUUUAUAUUUUCACAUAGAGUUUGUUUUCAUACUGAAAGAGAUAACGGACAUGGUUCCCUAGUACACUGCUGUAUAUUGGUAGAACUUUAGCUGGUGCUUCAUGAAACACCUAAUGAUCCCUGUGAAAUAACAUUUGCUCUUGGUUUUAUGCAAACUCCGUAGAAUAGAAAAUUUGUCUUGUGUUUUUUGUGUGUUUUAUCUUUGGUAACAGCUUUGUAAAAUUGUAAAAAUAUA